AUGCGUGCGCUCUGGCUGAGCGGCUGCCUCUGCCUCUCGCUGCUCCUGCCUGCAGCCCGGGCCACCUCCAGGAGGGAAGUCUGUGAUUGCAAUGGGAAGUCCAGGCAGUGUAUCUUUGAUCAGGAACUUCACCAACAGACAGGCAAUGGAUUCCGCUGCCUCAACUGCAACGACAACACUGAUGGCGCCCACUGCGAGAGGUGCCGGGAAGGCUUUUACCGGCACAGAGAGAGAGACCGCUGUUUGCCCUGCAACUGUAACUCCAAAGGUUCUCUUAGUGCUCGAUGUGACAACUCUGGACGGUGCAGCUGUAAACCGGGUGUGACAGGGGACAGGUGUGACCGAUGUCUGCCAGGCUUCCACACACUCACUGAUGCUGGGUGCACCCAAGACCAGAGACCCCUAGAAUCCAAGUGUGACUGUGAUCCAGCUGGCACUGCGGGACCCUGUGAUGCGGGCCGCUGUGUCUGCAAGCCAGCUGUCAACGGAGAACGCUGUGAUAGGUGUCGGCCAGGUUACUAUCAUCUGGAAGGGGGGAACCCUGAGGGGUGCACCCAGUGUUUCUGCUAUGGGCAUUCAGCCAGCUGCCACAGCUCUGCAGACUAUAGUGUCCACAAGAUCACCUCUACCUUCCAUCAAGAUGUUGAUGGCUGGAAGGCUGUCCAUAGAAAUGGGUCUCCCGCAAGGCUCCAAUGGUCGCAGCGCCAUCGGGACGUGUUUAGCUCAGCCCGACGAUCGGACCCUGUCUAUUUUGUGGCUCCUGCCAAAUUUCUUGGGAAUCAACAGGUGAGCUAUGGGCAAAGCCUGUCUUUUGACUACCGUGUGGACAGGGGAGGCAGACACCCAUCUCCCCAAGACGUGAUCCUGGAAGGUGCUGGUCUACGGAUUACAGCUCCCUUGAUGCCACUUAGCAAGACACUGCCUUGUGGGAUCACCAAGACUUACACGUUCAGACUAAAUGAACAUCCAAGCAGUAAUUGGAGCCCCCAGCUGAGUUAUUUUGAAUAUCGAAGGUUACUGCGGAACCUCACAGCCCUCCGGAUCCGAGCCACGUAUGGAGAAUACAGUACCGGGUACAUUGACAAUGUGACCCUGAUUUCAGCCCGCCCUGUCUCUGGAGCCCCAGCACCCUGGGUUGAACAAUGUGUAUGUCCUGUUGGGUACAAGGGGCAGUUCUGCCAGGACUGUGCUUCCGGCUAUAAAAGAGAUGCAGUGAGACUGGGGCCCUUUGGCACCUGUAUUCCAUGUAACUGCCAAGGGGGAGGGGCCUGCGAUCCAGACACAGGAGAUUGUUAUUCAGGGGAUGAGAACCCUGACAUCGAGUGUGCCGACUGCCCCAUUGGUUUCUACAAUGAUCCACAUGACCCCCGCAGCUGCAAGCCAUGCCCCUGUCACAACGGGUUCAGCUGCUCAGUGAUGCCCGAGACAGAGGAGGUGGUGUGCAGCAACUGCCCCCCCGGGGUCACUGGUGCCCGCUGCGAGCUCUGUGCUGAUGGCUAUUUUGGGGACCCGUUUGGGGAACGUGGCCCAGUGAGGCCUUGUCAGCCCUGUCAGUGUAACAACAAUGUGGACCCCAGCGCCUCUGGGAACUGUGACCGGCUGACAGGCAGGUGUUUGAAGUGCAUCCACAACACAGCCGGUGUCUACUGUGACCAGUGCAAAGCAGGCUACUUUGGGGACCCAUUGGCUCCCACCCCAGAAGACAAGUGUCGAGCUUGCAACUGCAACCCCAUGGGCUCGGAGCCUGUAGAGUGUCGAAGUGAUGGCAGCUGUGUUUGCAAGCCAGGAUUUGGUGGCCUCAACUGUGAGCACGCAGCUCUAACCAGCUGCCCAGCUUGCUACAAUCAAGUGAAGAUUCAGAUGGAUCAGUUUAUGCAGCAGCUUCAGAGCCUGGAGGCCCUGAUUUCCAAUGCUCAAGGUGGUGGUGGAGAGGUACCCAACACAGAGCUGGAAGGCAGGAUGCAGCAGGCUGAGCAGGCCCUUUGGGACAUUCUGAGAGAAGCCCAGAUUUCAGAAGGUGCUAGUAGAUCCCUCAGUCUCCAGUUGGCCAGGAUGAGAGGCCAAGAGAAUAGCUACCGGAACCGCCUCGAUGACCUCAAGAUGAUUGUGGAAAGAAUUCGGACCCUGGGCGGUCAGUAUCAGAAUCGAGUUCAGGAUACUCGGAGGCUCAUCACUCAGAUGCGCCUGAGCCUGGCGGAAAGUGAAGCUUCCCUGCGAAACACUAACAUUCCUCCCUCAGAGCAGUACAUUGGGCCAAAUGGUUUUAAAAGUCUGGCUCAGGAGGCCACGAGAUUGGCAGACAGCCAUGUUGAGUCAGCCAGUACCAUGGAGCAACUGGUGAGGGAAACUGAGGACUACACCAAACAAGCACUGUCGCUGGCACGCAAGGCUCUGAGUGACGGAGGCCCAAGCGGCAGCCCGGACCACGCUGCGGUGCAAGGACUUGUGGGAAAAUUGGAGAAAACCAAGUCCCUGGCCCAGCAGUUGUCAAGGGAGGCCACUGAGACUGGCCUUGAAGCAGAUAGAUCUUAUCAGCACAGUCUCCGUCUUCUGGACUCAGUGUCCCAGCUUCAGGGAAUCAAUGACAAGUCAUUUCAGGUGGAAGCGAAGAGGAUCAGACAGAAAGCUGAUUCUCUCUCCAGCCUGGUGACCAGACAUAUGGAUGAGUUCAAGCGUGUGCAAAGCAAUCUGGGAAACUGGGAAGAAGAAACCCAGAAGCUCUUACAGAAUGGAAAGAAUGGGAGACAGAAAUCAGAUCAGCUGCUUUCCCGUGCCAACCUUGCUAAAAGUAGAGCCGAAGAAGCACUAAGUAUGGGCAAUGCCACUUUUUACGAAGUUGAGAACAUCCUGAAGAACCUCAGAGAGUUUGACCUGCAGGUUGGAGACAGAAAAGCAGAAGCUGAAGAGGCCAUGAAGAGACUCUCCUACAUCAGCCAGAAGGUAGCAGACGCCAGUGACAAGACCAAGCAAGCAGAAGCGGCCCUGGGGAGUGCUGCUGCUGACGCCCAGCGGGCAAAGAAUGCAGCAAGGGAGGCCCUGGAGAUCUCCAGCGAGAUAGAGCAGGAGAUAGGGAGUCAGAACUUGGAAGCCAAUGCGACAGCAGAUGGAGCCUUGGCCAUGGAAAAGGGACUGGCCACUCUGAAGAGUGAGAUGAGAGAAGUGGAAGGGGAGCUGGCAAGGAAGGAGCUGGAGUUUGACAUGGACACGGACGCAGUGCAGAUGGUAAUUACAGAAGCCCAGAGCGUAGAUACCAGGGCCAAGAAUGCUGGAGUUAACAUCCAAGACACACUCAAUGCAUUGGAUGGCAUCCUACACCUCAUAGACCAGCCUGGCAGUGUGAAUGAAGAGGGGCUGAUCUCGUUGGAACAGAAGCUUUCCCGAGCCAAGACGCAGAUCAACAGCCAGCUGCGGCCCUUGAUGUCAGAGCUGGAAGAGAGGGCACGUUGGCAGAGGGGCCACCUCCAUUUUCUGGAGACGAGCAUAGAUGGCAUUCUGGCUGAUGUGAAGAACCUGGAGAACAUUAGGGACAACCUGCCCCCAGGCUGCUACAAUACCCAGGCUCUUGAGCAACAGUGA